GCCAUCUUCAUUACAACUAAGACUGUCGCAUUGUGUGCAUGUUUUGUAAGCUAAUCUAGUGUCUCGUGUUUUCACUGGAGCAGACGUUUUGACUCUAGAUUUGGUCAAGGAAAGAAUAAAAGGAUACGAAAGGAAUCCCAAUACACUAUCAGAGGAUACAGAAUGGCCCACAGCGCUCUGAUCGUACCUCUCGCGUCCAUUUUAAUGAUCUCGGGUUUGCAGGGGUUCUUAGUGGACGAUCAAGACGUUAUCGACAACCUUAGAGUGGGAUCCUUCAAUGUGAAAUGGUUCGACGUGGCCAAAUCUGCUAAUCAAGACGUCAUGAGAAUCCUCAGCCAGAUCAUCCAACGCUAUGACGUAAUGCUCAUGAUAGAAAUCCGUGACGACCACCAGCAGACAGCCAUGAAUCGGCUCUGGACACUGGUCAAUCAAACUGCUCCAUUCGGACUUUCUCUCAGCGGAUUCCUUGGGCGAUACCCGGACUUCUACACAGAGCAGUACGGCUUCUUCUAUCGCCUGAGCUCUGUGUCUUUGGAAGGAACGUAUCAAUACAACGACUCUCUGCACAACGAGUUCGAGAGGGAGCCGUACUCCGCCAGUUUCAGACGCCUUGCCCCAGGGUCUGUCGGUCUCCCUUUCAUCGCUUCCCACAUACAGCCCAAAAACGCUCGAGUCGAAAUGGCUCACAUGACAGAAGUUGUAGACGCUGUGAAAGCACAUUUUUCCUCAGCCAACGUUGUAGUCAUGGGAGAUCUAAACGCUGACUGCAGUUACAUGUCCGCAAGUGAUCUUGCAACGACCCCUCUCCGGAACAGCACCGUCUUCACCUGGCUCAUUCCCGACAGCGCCGAUACGACCAUGUCAACCUACACUGACUGUGCUUACGACCGCAUCAUCGUCACUAAAGGCCUUCGCUACAGCAACGCCGGUGUCUUUUAUUUCGACCAGGCUUACAAUCUAACCUAUAACCAGGCUUCGGCUGUGAGUGAUCACUACCCGGUAGAAACAGUUUUCCUGGGACAGUAAUGAUUAUAAUGUAAUGAUACUGCUACAGAGACGCAGUGAAGAAUUGCACAUCUCCAAGCAAAUCCAAAAAAUCAUCUGGUUACACUCUCCGUGGAUGUAUACAAUAAUUAGACUCACUGGACCGAGUGCUGAAUGAAGGAACCAUUCAACAAUAUCGAUACGGCCAUAUCCCAUAGCUGUGUACAUCAAGUAAGAGUCACAGUCUACAGAGGAAUAUUCAAAACAGCAGAAAAAUAGAAAAGUAAUAUGCUUUCAGUGUGUGUUACGGCUAUCUUUACAAUCUUCCUUGUUGUACCUCAAGGAGAAAAAAGUAAUACAAUGCUUUUAACAAUAAAAUACGCUGCUCGGCAUUUUGACUGUCAAUCUAAUUUGGAAUUUUAAUGAACAAUUCUAUAGAAGCAUGAUAUUUCUAUAAACAAAUGAAGUAAAAACGAAUAAAAAUCAAACUUACGUUUUGAAUCUA